AUGUCUGAAGAUAUUGAGAAUAUACAAUAUAAUAAUAUGUAUAUAGAUACUCAAGAUAAUAGUAUAAUAGAAGAUAUUUACAAUUAUGAAAAUAAUUUUAUGAAUAAAGAUACUCAAGAUUAUGAAGACAAUAUUUUAGAUAAUAUUAUUUUACAUCUAUCUGUAAGAGUAAAUCCUGUAAAAGCUAGAUCUGAAAGUAUACAAAGUGAAAUAAAAUCACAAAAAUCAAUUACCAGUAUAGCAUCAUAUUUAUGCACUCAAUAUCAGAUUUUUAAAGAUCAAAUAUUAAUAGCACCUGUAGUAUCUUCUUCUAUUGAAGGUUCUAGUAUUUCAAAAUUAUUAACAAUUAAUACUAUGUUUAAAAAAUAUGCAAAAAAUAUUUAUUCUCUUUUUGAACCAAAACAAAAUCAUGUAAUUUAUCAAUUAAUAGCUUGGUUAGUUGAGGCUAUAAUUUUACUAGAUAGUAUUAAUCAUAAUCAAUUUUAA